AACUGGCCUGAAGAAGGAAGCGCGCAAGUCUAUUUGAAAAGCCAAAGACGUGCUCAUAAAAUGCUAUUUCUCAUGUUCUGUCCGAAUGUUUCUGUGCUGUAUGUGUUGUAAGUAAGAUCGUCCCUGAUGAUCCAAAUAUGGAGUCAUUAGAGUCAUUAGCUAAGUAGCUGAAUUUGAAUGGAUGGGGUCGGCGCUCUUUGGGGCGCCUCAUUAUGCAGGCGCAUUAAAAGAAAGCAGUGGGGGGCAAAUUGGUGGUUAAGGGCACGAACAAAAAGAGGGGCAGGGACUGUGAGGAGGGUCAUGAUUCAAAUUCUAAGUGGUAAGAUGUCCCCAUUGUCAGUGGGGUAUAUAGCAGGCAGACCAAACUCUCCAUCCGGCGAGUUUGUGCGAGUUGGCACAACAGAGAAGCUGCCUGUUAUAACUCAGUGAAGAUCCAAAACCCAGGAAUUGGAAGAAUCACAAUGGCCUCCUGGCACUGCAAAUGGAUUGUUCUAUUUCUUCUCUCGAUAUUGACAAGUGACAUUGGAGUAUUUAGUCGCGCAGUAGACACGCUGGGAUUUCUGUCACAGUCGCCGAAAACUGCAGAUGACUCCUCCGGACCAACUUUACGCAUGGACGCGUUGAGACGGUGGAGGCGCGGGAUCGCGGAGACGAACCGGGAGCGGUGCGCAGAGCUGGCGGCGCCUUGGCUGGAAAACACACAGCAAGCUCCUGAGGAUAAUGCAACACUGUUGCAGCUCCGCGUUAGGCCCUUUUCCCCGGGAGCCUCCCAGGGCCUGGUGUUCCCAGGAAAAUCUCUUUUCAGCUUUGUCCGACGGGUUUACCACUGCUGUCAGGAGGGACUGAACUGCAGAAGCGUAAAAGGAAUUCAAGGUCGCUUGAGAGGAGAUACAGACGUGGAGUUUCUCCUCACCAGGGAGAUUUUAUCAUUGACAGUGAUGAGAGCCGAGCUUCACCUCCAACUUUCCAACCCACAACAUCUGGAUGUCCAUCCUGUGCUUUCUUCUAUGGCAAAGCGUGACCUUCCUACAAGGUACAGUUUGUGGUCACGGGGCAACACGAUGGAGCUGAGAGUGGAUCUGCUGUUCCUUUUCCAGAGUCUGCAGGAGGUAGCGGGUGGUGCCGGAGGGGGUCCCAGCUUGGUCAACAUGCGGCGGGUGGUGUUUUCUUCCAGGGGGGAUCCACCAAGAGAAAAGCCCACUUCAGGAGCUCUGCAGGACACUGAUGGUGAUGUGUGGGGGGAUGGGGUCGCUAACACGCUGCCUGUUCUGGAGCUGGGCUUGGUCCUGGGAUGCAGUCAGGCUGGAUCAGGAGUGUCCUGUGGAACUGGCGGUGUUCACCUCUCACACACACCUUUCAUGGCUCUGUACUACAGAUGAAGUCAAACUGAGACUGGACUUCUGCACGGAAACAUUUAAUCUCUUGACUCACUCUUUUCUAACUGAAGAGACAGUCGUCUCAAAGCUUACAAGGAAAUGAUGCACUUCAAUGUCAAAACUAUUAAUUUAUCAGUUUUUUUUUGUAAAAAUAUAUAUACAUAUGUAAAUAGCAAAUAUGAUAUACUGUAACUUUAUGGAGUCAUUCUUUGGUUAUUAAAGCUCAAUCUAACAAUG